AUAUUAACGGAGAGUUGUAAUAGUAGAAUUAUUGUUAAAUUGUUCAAUGAUAAUUUGGAGAAAUUAACUUUUGGUUGAUUUAAUUAAGGAAAGAAAAGGUUGGUCAUUACCGAAUUCACUUUAUCAACGGUCCCCAAGAACUUCAAUCAUCUGUUUUUUUUCAUUUUCUUUAACAAUUUCAUUCGGUGUGUUUUACUUUCUUUAUUUAUAUUUAAAUGAUUAACUUUCCAUUCUAGUGAUUUAACGAUAAUUUGAAACACUUAUUGAACUAUUGUUGUGAUUCUCUGGGUAUUCAGUGAUUUGUUCAUUCGGUUAUUUUGGUUCGGUGUUUCCAUUUUCACUCGUGUGGUUCACACCAGUUCUGUUUUUGUUUGGUUUUUUGGUUUUGUUUUUUGUUUUAUUCUUAAUUUUUGUUGAUUCCACAGCAAUUGGGAAAUGAACCUCAAUGAAACAUCACUGGAAAAGAAGCUUAAUUCAUGUGUAAAUACACAGGACAGUAUUCAAUCGUUAUCAUUAUGGGUACUUCAUCACAAAAGUCACCACAAACGGAUUGUCCAACUAUGGAUGAAAGCAUUAGAAAAAGGCAAAAUAUCUCACCGAUUGACACUAUUCUAUUUAGCCAAUGAUGUUGUCCAACAUGCAAAGAAGAAAAAUAUACCUGGUUAUUUGGGAGAUUUUGAGGAGAUCCUUCGAGAUGCUAUCCAAUUAGUCCGAGAUGAUAAAAUAAGACCUAAUAUAAACCGUGUUCUCAAUAUUUGGCAGGAGAGGAACAUUUAUCCAAUUGAAUUUGUUGAUGAACUUCGUACAUUAUUAACUGGAUCAUCUGUUAAAGUAUCUUCUGCAUCCAAGAUUGUCGCAGAAUUUAAAUUAUCUCAACUGGUUGAGAAGAUUAAGCGAGCGCGAAAGAUUGAAGCAGCUCGUCAACAGAAAGUUGAAGCAGUUAAUUCAUCUCGAAUUGAUGCUCUCAGUAAAGAAGUUCUUAAUAAUCUGAAAGAUAAAAGUCAUGGGGAACAAUAUAGUAAAGAUUUUGACGAUGCAACUAAAUUAAUGGAAUCCUUAGUGUCAACCUUAGAGAAAGAAAUUGCAAUUCGAAAUGAUCUCAUUGAAUAUCUUGAGAAAAGUGAAAUUUUCUAUGAAACUCAAAAAGGUGAAGCUAAAAUAGUCGCCAGUGCGUACAAAAAUUUCGCCCAAAGGGUGAAAAGUGUUAAAAAAAAGUUAUCCGAAUCAAAAACAUCAUUACCCUCUCCAUUACCCUCACCCUGUGCUGAUGCACCCUCACCAACCAAUUCAGACGACGGUCCUCAAUUACCCGCUAUCGAGGGGACCAAUGGUCAGCCCAUAAGUAGUUUGGACAAGAGGUUAUCUAAUCUUAUGCAAGGAAUGCCCCUGGUAUCAAAUAGAUCAGCUGUUCAACCAAUUGAGCCUUCAUAUGCCCAUCCAGCCCCUGUUACUUUACCUCCAGCACUUCAAGCAGCAAUUGGUAUUAAUCCAGCUCUUGCUUCAUCACUUGAUUGGACUGUGCUGGGAUCAUCUCAACCUCCUCAUCUUCAGUCGACUCUCGUGUCAACAUUACAACCACCACCACCUCCGCCUCCACCUCCACCGAUUCCUCCGAUACCUAAUCUUGGCGAUUCACUUGUUUGUGGAAUUCAACAACCUCCGCCACCACCGCCGCCUCCUCCACCUCCGCCAAUUCCUAGUGUUGGAGCUGCCAUAAUGUCCCAGGAUUUAUAUCCAACAUAUGAUUAUGAUUAUUACUCACACCUUAAUCAAUCAGUCGUAGCUACCAUGGCCCCGAAUGACCUUUAUAAAGUUGAACAAAGUGAAACAGUACAACCCAUUCAAGCAGUUGUCUCUUCAAGAACGGACUCUGAGCUUACAGGGGCUGAACCUUAUAAACCAAUUGUCCCUGUACAAACAGUCCAAUAUGAAGGUUAUCUUACCUCUGGUCAACAAGCUCAUGAAAAUUUUGAACCAUCUGAUAUGGAAUUGGGUAAUUCUGAUGAUGAAGAGCCAGUUUCACGUUUACAAAGUCAACGUUUUUUGAAAGUCAUUGAAACUCAAAACUCUGAGGGUAUUGUUGGUGAAGAUCACCUUUAUUCAGGUUCAUCAAUGGGUCAACUGGGUGGACCUGAGAGUCUUAAUCAAAUUGCAAACAGUUCAUCGUUAUCACCAGUAUCACCUCAUAAACAAUAUGGUCCUCGACAGCAAGGUAACAAUCGAUCACGACUUACACCACCAUCACGUCACCAUCAUUCAUCAAGAGAUGCUCGUAAUAUGGAACCACGUUGGAUGAGUCCAGUAAGACCUAAUUCGCAAUACCCUGGACAUCCACCAAACUCAUAUCAUACCGGUCCAGGUAGAAAUUGGAAAACACCUCAACAUGGUUCCCGUGGAUCUUUCAAUCGACGCUAUUAGAUGGAAAUAAAAGAUAAAAGUAUAUAUAUAUAUAAAUAUAUCGAAGAAAAAUUUUGUCAAAUCGUAUUCAUCUUUAAUUAUCUACUGGACAUAAAGGAUAAAACAAAAACUAAUUUGGAACGAAGUGAGAAAACAAAUCAUUCUUGUCAUCACCAUCCCUCUAAUUGAUUGAGAUAAAAAAGACUUUCCACUCAAAGCGACUCAUCUUUGGUUCACUCAUUCAAGCCAAUCAUCAUAAUUAUCAUCCAAAAAUCAUCUAUAAAUACACAUUCAAUUUGAAUCAUAUGUUGAGUUGCUUUGCAAACUCUUUCAACUUGGUUCAUGAUUUUACCAUUUGUAUUCCUUUCCUUUUUAGCUCGUAGAAAACUUUGCUCAGAAAAUCUUUUUUUCGAAAGCUCUCGGAAAGAGCAUACAAAUCACUUACACACCUUUACUAUCAUCAACUUUGUCACUUCUUCCUCUCUCUCUCUCUCUCUCUCUCUCUUUCUUUUUCUUUCUUCCUUUGUUCUCUAUAAUCUAUUCAAGAAAAAAGUUCUGAAAUCUGAAUAGUUGAAGCAAAAUGGGCUCGGACCAACUUUAAAUUGUUGUACAAAAAUUUUCAUUAACAAACAAAAUGAAAAAUUGUUAUUUUCAUUUUAAACGAUAUUGCAUCUUCCCCUUUCAUCCUCAUCAUCUUCAUUUCUCUCUCUCUCUCUCUAGUAUUCUACUUUUUUUUUGUUUCCUUUCUCCUCUUUCCGUCUCUUCCUAUUAUCUUACUCUCCCCAUGCAAUACAAACCCAUGAGUGUGUACAAAUAAAUUAAUAUUGAAGCCUGAA